AUAAAAUAAAUAAAAAAUUAUUACAAAAAAAAAAGAAAAAAAGAAAAAAAGAAGGGUGAAAGAAUUCCUAGUUCUAUGAUAAUUGGUGUUCUUGCACUCAACCCAAAAGAACAGUGUAAUAAAGAACAAAAAGAAAACCUUCUGCUUCUGCUUCUUGCUUCUUGUUUCUUGUGUGCUUUCCUUUACAAAAAAAAAAAGGAAAAAAUCACACCUUUUUGACCCGGAUCCGACCCAAUUCAAACUCUGGUAGCUCCAUUUCAAAAGCCCAUUUCAAGAAUCUCACACUACCUUUUUCCCUUCAGACAGACACCAUUCUCGGACCCUUCAAAUCUUUCUCCCUUUUGAUAUGUAAUAAAAUGUCUAUAUAUAUUUUGUCUCUCACCUUUUGUUCCAGAAAAAGAUCCCUUCUUUAAUUUGAAUUAUGUACAACUACUAGUUCAAAAUAAUAAUAAAUACUCCAUAGCCAACCAACAAAGAAGAAAGAAAAAGAUAAAAACCCAGUCUUGAAUUAAUGGAGAAGCUCCAUUUCUUGGCCGGAGUUUUACUCCUCCUGUCACAAACCCACCGCAGCAGCCUCGCCGGAGCAGAAGAAACCCUUCUCGAAACCGACAAGCAAGCACUGCUCGACUUCUCUUACAACCUCCGCCAUUCGCGGCCUUUGAACUGGAACUCGCAGCUCCCGGUCUGCAAGAACUGGACCGGAAUCACCUGCAGCGAAGAUGGGAGCAGAGUAACCUCGGUCCGGCUACCCGGGUUCGGGUUUCAGGGACCCAUUCCGGAUAAUACCCUGACCCGGUUAUCGGCAUUGCAGAUCUUGAGCCUCAGAUCCAACGAUAUUAACGGCUCCUUCCCUCUCGAUUUCGGUAACCUUAAAAACCUAACCUUUAUUUAUCUUCAGCACAACAAUUUCUCCGGCAAUUUACCUCUAGACUUCUCUGUUUGGAAGAACUUAACCAUAGUUAACUUGUCCGGUAACCGGUUCAACGGUAGCGUCCCUCCGUCGUUGUCGGGUUUGAGUCGGCUCAUUGCACUUAAUCUUGCUAACAACUCACUCUCCGGUGAGGUGCCCGAUUUGAACUUACCGAAUUUGCAGCUUCUUGAUUUGUCCAACAAUAACCUUGUCGGUAGUGUGCCUCAAUCGCUUCGUAGGUUUCCGAAGUCUGCGUUUUACGGUAAUAACGAGUCUUUGUUGGAUUACACGUUCGUUAGUUCGCCUAUCGUUUUAGCUCCGCACGAACACGGUUCGAGAAACGGGAAAUUGAGCGAACGGGCUUUGCUCGGAAUAGUCAUAGCUAGUUCGUUUCUUGGUCUUCUCGGUUUCGGUUUUCUAUUGCUCGUUUGCGUUCUGCGAACGAAAACGGUUGAGGGUUUUUCCGGGAAAUUGGAGAAGGGGAAUAUGUCGCCCGAGAAAGCGAUUUCUCGAAGCCAGGAUGCGAGUAAUAAGUUGGUUUUCUUCGAGGGGUGUAACUAUGCGUUCGAUUUGGAGGAUUUAUUGAGGGCUUCCGCUGAAGUUUUGGGGAAGGGUACUUUUGGAACUGCUUAUAAGGCGAUAAUGGAAGAUGCUACAAAUGUGGUGGUGAAGAGAUUGAAAGACGUGAGUGUCGGAAAACGGGAUUUCGAGCAGCAAAUGGAUUUAAUCGGAAGUAUUAAACACGAGAAUGUGGUCGAGCUUAGGGCUUAUUAUUACUCCAAAGACGAGAAGCUUAUUGUUUACGAUUACUUCAGUCAAGGAAGUGUCGCUUCUCUCUUACACGGAAAACGAGGAGAAAACCGAACACCUCUAAAUUGGGAAACCCGUCUAAAUAUAGCCAUCGGUGCAUCAAAAGGUAUAGCACGCAUCCACGAAGAAAACGGGGGUAAAUUAGUCCACGGAAAUAUCAAAUCAUCAAACGUAUUUCUAAACUCCCGACAACUCGGCUGCAUUUCCGAUAUCGCCCUUUCCGCAAUAAUGAGCGCAUUAGCCCCACCGGUAGCCCGUGCCGCGGGCUAUCGCGCACCGGAGGUGGUGGAUACACGCAAAGCCACGCAACCCUCCGAUGUGUACAGCUUCGGUGUGAUACUGCUCGAGCUUCUGACGGGCAAAUCGCCCGUCCACACGAUCAACGGUGGAGAUGAGAUCGUGAAUCUGGUGAGGUGGGUCCACUCGGUUGUGAGAGAAGAGUGGACGGCGGAGGUUUUCGACGUGGAGCUGCUGAGGUGUCCGAAUAUCGAGGAGGAGCUGGUGGAGAUGCUGCAGAUUGCGAUGGGGUGCGUGGUAAGAGCGGCGGACCGGCGGCCGAAGAUGGCUGAUGUGGCGAGGAUGAUCGAGGGUGUACGGAAAGUUGAGGGCGUUUCGGACAUUUCACACGUCGGUGCGUAAGUGGGUCUGGGGGUUUGUUUGGUUCACCACCUUGGUGGACCCUAGAGACAAAGGAUGUAGUUUUUUUUAAGGUAAGAACAGAAUAGAUUAAUUGUUUGUUAUUUUUAAUAUCAUCUCUCUUGAAUGCAUAUUAUAUAUGCACGUGUAUUGUGUGUAUGUGUUUUUUUUAUUAUUUUCAUUAUUGAAUCUUGUGUAAUGAAUGAUAUUCAUGUUGUUCUUACAUUUGU